AUGGACUUUCUCAAGUCUGCCGUGGCCUCGGCCAUAUCGCAGGGCCCUCCUUUCCCUUACACAUUCGGCGACAAGGUCGACGUAGACGAGUCCAUCUGGACAUUAUACAACGGAACAAGGCGGGAGGAUGGAUCGAACUGCAGCAUCUUCUCAUUCGACAUCACGGCGAAGAAGAGCCAGCUGCCGCUCGCAAAGAAUGCGCUGAGGAAGCUGCGAACAUUGCGACACCCGGGCGUUAUCAAAGUCCUAGACACUGUUGAGACAGAUACAUACAUCUACAUUGCCACCGAGCGCGUUGUUCCUCUUCGAUGGCACGUUAAACGGAAGAGCUUAAGUCCCGAGACGAUAAAAUGGGGAAUAUACACAAUCGCUCAAACCCUCAAGUUUAUCAACGACGAUGCCUCCUCAAAGCACGGAAGCCUGAAAGUCGGCUCAAUAUAUACGUCAGAAAGCGGAGAGUGGAGACUGGGCGGCUUUGAAGUUCUAAGCAACAUGAAGGAGAGCGAGACCACGCUUGAUAGCUACGGAAGCUUGGUUCCUGACUCUGGCCGAUAUGCGCCGCCAGAAGUGGCUCAAGGAGGAUGGGGAGCGACCAAGUCACAUCCUCUUUACGCCCUGGACUCUUUCAACUUUGGAACCCUGAUAUUUGAAGUUUUCAACGGCGACUUUCUGGGCCCAGAUCAGGCUGGCCAAACAAAAAACGUACCCCCUACAAUGCAUACUGCCUACAGACGCCUUUGCAACGCCAACCCUAAAGCGCGGAUAAGUGCUGCCAAUUUCCUUGACAUGGGGCGCCGAUCUGGCUCUUUUUUUGAUACUCCUCUGAUCCAUUUGACGGACGGAGUAGACAACCUGGGAAUGAAAAACCCUGAUGAGCGAGAUGAGUUCCUCGACACAUUGGAGCAAGUAACGGAUGACUUUCCUGAAGAAUUUUUCAAAGCCAAAGUUCUUCCGGAAUUAGUAAAGUCUGUUGAAUUCGGCGGCGGCGGUUCCAAAGCUCUUACUGUUGUGUUGAAAAUAGCUGCCAAACUUCCCUCGGAUGAUUUUGAAUCGAAAAUCACACCCUUUAUUGUUCGCGCUUUUGCCAAUCCUGAUCGAGGCAUCCGGGUAUGCCUGUUGGACGGCCUUCCCCUAAUCAUUGAACAAUUGUCGCAGAGAAUUGUUAAUGACAAGAUAUUUCCACAGCUAGCUACCGGUUUUACAGACGCAGCCCCUGUGGUUCGAGAACAGACAUUGAAAUCAGUACUGGUCGUCAUUGGAAAACUAUCAGAUCGAACCAUUAAUGGCGACCUUCUGAAGCAGCUGGCAAAGACGGCAAACGACGAACAGCCUGGUAUUCGUACGAACACAACCAUUUGCCUUGGCAAGAUUGCAAAGAACCUCGGGACAUCCUCAAGAUCAAAGGUGCUGAUAGCUGCCUUUACCCGUUCCUUGCGGGAUCCCUUCGUGCAUGCCAGAAAUGCUGCGCUUAUGGCUUUGGCUGCAACAGCCGAAUACUUUACUGAAGAUGACUGCGCUAUUCGAGUCUUGCCGGUGGUAUGCCCAGCUCUGAUUGAUAAAGAAAAGAUGAUCCGAGACCAAGCAUCUAAAACAAUGGACAUUUAUCUACAAAAAGUUCGCAAAGCUGCUGCUGCUAUGCCAGACACCGUUUUGCCGCCACCUCAGCCGGCUGAUGCUACCGUUGUGCCAGCAAACACGGCACAGCCAAGUGCGUCUCCUGGAGCCAGCUGGGCGGGAUGGGCCAUCUCGUCUUUCACAAACAAAUUGACUGCCGUUGCUGGAGAUAUGCAAACAGAAGAGGUACCAACUCCGGCUGCUGUUUCCCCAUCGCCCAAGCCCGAGAUGAAGAGACCAAGUACCUCAUCAGCAUCGGCUCUUCACCGUCAAGCUGUGGCAUCACCUCCUCCUAUAACUUCCGGCCCAUCGACUCCUAGCGUUGCCAGUGCAAUUGCUGGACAAUUCCUACCAGACGACGACGACGACGACGAUGCAGGUGAUGCAUGGGGCGAUCUACCGGAUGACGAUACCUUUGAUACGCCUUCUGCCGCCACCAAUAAAUCUGCAUCUGCAUCUGCGUCUGUAUCUGCAACGCCAUUCGGUGAAGAUGAGCCCGAUUUCGCUGGAUGGCUGGCGGCGCAAGCGAAAAAGGGGCCCAGCAAGCCUCUGCCAAAAGGACUUUCAAAACCUAGCACCGCUAAAAAGCCUGCAGCAAAAGCAGCCGCGAAACCUGCGGCAAAGCCUGCGGCAAAGCCUGUGGCUAAGAAGAUUGAUCUUACACCUAAAGAAACGGAGGAGGAUGAUGAUGGUUGGGGCGAC